GGGAAAACCAAAUCCAAAGGUGGAGCUGCAAAAAAAUCAUGGUCGCCGUCGCGAAGAGACCAAGUGGAGGAUUAUGAGCUUAUCCUGGAGCGAACCCCGGUGGGAGAUACGAAUCGCGGGUACAAGUACAGAACGAGAGAGAUUCUUCGGGAUAGGAACAUCGCGCAAGACGAUGAAGAUUCAAUGAUUUCUAGCAGCGAAGAAGAAAAUCCGGGGAUGCUGCCGGGAAGAAACCCGGCUGAAUUUCUCCGUAACGAUAGCGAUGCAACGACCUCAUCGGGUGCAGAUGAUUUCACGUCAUUAAGCGACGAGGACGGAGAUGAGAGUGAAGAGGAAAUAAAGCGGCGGGCUUCGAACUCUAAGAACACAAGUCCACUAGCGGCUUCUGCGAAAGAAGACCUGCUGAAGGCGAAGCGGGGAAAGGUGGUAAAGAAAAGCAAAAUUCAACUGGAUUUGCGCAACAACACGGCCAACAUCCGACUGCCGCCGCCCGCGAUGUUGACCACCUCUUUAGCUUCGAGGAGCGGAACGAAGCAAGACCCUAACCUCGGUCGUGCGAAUUCAUCUUUUGGUAGUACAACUCUCAGCAACAGCACGCGCAUCGCAAGUUUCCUCGCCCGCCUACCAACGACUUCCACUGCCGACGUUUUCCAAUUGGAAAACUACUCCGGCUUUCUCCCCCGACACUUUGCGGACAACUUCGCUACCAGCAGGCUGGGUUAUGAAAGUGCACAACUCCUCCUAUCCCUCAUACAUUUGUAUUGCAUGAACAGCGAUACAAGCGUCAGCAGGAAUACAGAUUUUGCAUGACAAAUUUGGACAGGAGUGUAGUCGUGGUAUUUGGUCUACAAGAACUUGUCAGGCAAACAGUGCCAAGUAGAGCCAAGGCGUAAACUAGGCACUUUGCAUGACAAAUGAGGGAGUUGUGCACUGUCAUACGGGUCUGGCGGACUUCUUCGAGAUCGCGGAUAAAAGAGAUGAUCAUGCGAUGGGGAGAGCGAGCGAUUUCGGAAGAAGUAGAUCAACACCUGGAGCCAUGCAGAACAAAAGAACAAAAAGGCCAAAAGUGCACGACCGAAGGGACUUGAUCACGAUCAGCUUCUUUCAGCAGCACCUCCCCACUGCUCCCUCUGACUUGCUCAAGCAGAAAAACUUCGAGAACAAAUAUGAACUGCAAAAGUAUCAUACUAGCAUAAAAUGCAUUACAGAUUUUCUCCGCAUGAAAAAUAAAAUUUGUGAUGCGGAUUUAAUUUCAGAAACAAAUUUGUAAUGCAUGACGUGGCCUGGGUACGCACAUACGACUCGGUGCGCCAAAUCGUAUGUGGGGCGUUACAAUUUUCGCGCUUUUUUCAUUGAGAAAACCCGCCAAAAAGCAGCACCGAGCCCGGUGCGGUUUGUAAUGUAUGGCAGCACCGAGCCCGCCAAAAAAUAUCUUUUUGCUUACCUACGAAAUUAGUAUUGUAGCGGCGCGCCUUCACAAUACAUUUUGGCGCACCGAGGCGGCGCGCAAAAACUUCGUUGGGCAGCGCCCGCCUUUGAAACAUUAUGCGCCUUCGCUGUGUACUUGCUUCUGUCAUUCCUCGCGCCCGCAUGAUGUACGCCCGCGCGCGCCUUUGCCCAUCGCGUGCGCGACGCGCCGCGCAAGUCGGUGGCCCCAGACUAGUGUCGCACGCCUGUCCCUGGUGACGCGGGCGCCUUCGCCUGCUGUGUUUUUUAUUUUGCCCUCGACGAACGCGGGCCAAGGUCCGGGCUUUGUUUUUCUACCCGCCAGCAAGGCCCGCGCGCGUGGUCUCGCGACUUAGCCGACGGGCCCCCCCCCGCCCCCCCCCCUGUGUUCGGCCCGUCUGCUGCUUCGUUCGUGACUACAAGUUGGCGUACCGAGGCCGUCGGCCUCGGUGCACCGAGGCGGCCAUUCCGAAAAAUUGGCAUUUUUGGCCUCGGUGCGCCAUUUCGUAUGCCCGUCCUAAAAAAACUUCUUCUAGCCUCGGUGCGCCAAUUUGUAGUGGCGUCCCGAGGCCACGACACUACCGAGGCGACGUCAUGCAUGAUUGCAAUUACUACGAGUGCGAUACUUUUGCACAGGAUAACAAAAAGGCGGAGACGAAAUUGAGACGCAUUUUGGACGUUCUGAAGGAUACGCGGGAGCAUAUCCUGUGCAAAAGUAAUAUCGCACUCGUAGUAAUUAUUGCAGUCCUGCAUAUACAAAAUUUUUUCUUAAGGUAAAUCAACUGCAUGACAGAUUUUAUUUCUCAUGCUGAGGAAAUUUGCAGUGCAUUUAUACGAGUACAAUACAACUUUUGCAAUGCAUAGAGCAGUACGGGGAGCAAAUGGACGAGGAGCUGGAUCACGUAGCUGUUGCGGACAAGGAGCUCUUGAUUCAAGCCCGCCACCAAGCGGAGGAAAACGCGAUGGCGUUUAUCAAGUGCAAAUAUGUCUGGGUCGGGAAAGGUACAGCGAAUUUGUGUUGCUGGGUCUUGCAUGCCAAAACUAUCUCUUGUACGGCUUUCACGCAUCACAAAUUUUUCGGAUGGAGGUACUAGUGGGAGCUCAACCGUGUUUCGCAUGACAAACUGGCUUCCAACAGCACGACAAAAAAGCUGGGCCAUCGCAGGCAUGCAUUACAGAUCUUGUUGUCCUCCGAGUUUCGCAUCACAAAUCCAGGCCCAGACAUCUUUGCAAUGCAUAGCGUUUAUUCGCAGGCAAAAUCUCGAGUACCUCGCGGCCUUGCAGGAGUCCGAAGAAAGGCUGAUCAAGUAUGGCGUUCUCAACUGUUACAUGGAUUUGUCAUGCAAGAAUGGGAAAAGUGAAAGGGGGGAGGUUGCGUCUGUAGCAUUACAAAUUCCGAACAGAUUUGGGCGCUGUUUAGCCAUUCGCAAAUUUGUCAUGCGAAGCAGCUUGAUCGCGUGGAUCUUGAUGCUCAUUUUGCAUGACAAAUCAUGUAACAGUUGAUAAUGUAACGUUUGAGAACGCCAUAUCAAGCAAGCAGAAAAGGAAGAACGGGAACGGGAACGAAAGCAAAAAGAGCUGGAAGAGUUGCGGAGGAAGCAGGCGGAGCUUGUGUAUUCGGAGCAACGACCCCACCUGGUCGACACAACGGAGCAGGCUGUGAUGCUGAAUCAGGACGAGAAGGAGGAAAUGUUGAAGAAAAACAGACGGCUCCAGGAGCUGCAAAAGAGCGACAAGCUGUUUCCCUAUCAACUGUCCUAUUUGAGCAAGCUACCCGCGGACCAGCGGGCGAUGUACGGGCUCGUGGAGUACAAUUACGAAGUGGAUAAAGAAGUAGAACCUCCUUCUCCUCCUGCUGCGCAUGGUGGGGAAGAACAUCAUCAAGCCUCCCCACCCCCCUUCACAUUAAAUUUCACAGAAUGCUUCCCAAUAGUCACGAUCGAACGCUUCAAAGACAAGGACACGGAGGAGAAGUUUUUGAAAAAGUACAAACUAGCGGUAGGCGAUCUUCUACUCGCGAUUUGCGGGGACAGAAUCACGAACGUGGUGAAGUGGGAAGGUAACACGAUCGAAGAAGCGGUGCAGAAGAAGCUCGUAGAAAAGGGGAAAAAGCAAAUCAUUGAAAAAAGGGAGUUGAAAGACCCAAAAGACCCAAAAUCACGGACAAUUACAGUGAAGAAAGAGGUAAUAUACGCCCCGAUGGUUUUUUUACGGAAGAAGUACGCGGAAAAAUUUAUUUCGAUCAAAGCGUGCGAGAAGGUGGACGUCAUCAAUUCCAUGGACAAAACGACCACUUCUUAUGGCGUGAAGAUCCAGCGGAAGAAGGUUAUGCAAUGCAAAAGUCUACUACUAUCGUUAUCGUACAGCUACUAGAAAUUGCAUAACAAUUUUUUUAUUUUGGUAGGAAGUAGAAAAGUCGAAUUUGUGAUGCGGAUUUAGUUUGGUAAAGAUGUUUGUCAUGCGCGAAUGCCAUUUCUAUGAGUGCUCCUGCGUUAGUAGUACUUUUGCAAAGGAUAAAAGUCCGGGCGGUGCAGAAGAACAACUGGUUUGACAAAAGAGGUCUCGUUAUCUAUCCAUCGUAAAAACGCCCCCACCUCCCCAGAGUCAAGAUGGGAAUCCUGCAACACAGAUCCAGAAGUUUUGGGAGUCACGCAUGACAAGUUUUUCUCUGUUGUACUGUAACGCGGGUUAGCAAGGACAGCCGCAUCACAAAGCCAUCCUGGUAUUCUGUUUCCAGCAUCACAACUUGCAUAAGACGAUAAAUUUGCCGCUCUCUCGUGGGGACGCGCAUUACAAGUUUUCCUGUGAUUGUGAAUUUUGCAUGACAAGAACUCUGGGGUGGGGACGUCGACGUCUUUACACAGGAUAUUAUCGGAGAUGAAAUCAUGGGCAUCGACGAGAAUUUUUCCGGCAUAUCAAAUGCAAAUAUGUCUGGGUCUGGAAACUUGUGAUGCUAAAAUGUGCAUGAUGGAAACACUUCCGAAUGCAGACCAGGAUGACAACUUUCCGGAGCACUUUCUCAUAGGGAGCCGCACACAUUUUUGCAUGACAAAAAUGGGUGCGGCUUUUGUCGGUUAUGCAAUACAGAUUUCCCAGGAAUGUAAAGCUAGCAUUACAAGUUCCAACUUUCCAGACCCAGACAUUUUUGCAUUUGAUACGGCACGAAGAUCGAUGACUUUUUCAAGGAAAAACUGGAAAAGUACCGGGGGAAGGUGAAGUGCUUUUUGAUUGCGAGGUUAUCAAAAGUAAAAAUGUCUGGGUCUGGAAACUUGUGAUGCUGGGUGGCGUCUCAUGAUGAGGCUACAGAUGCUGGCUCAGCAUGGCAAGUUUCUGAGCUCCUAGGUGUUGCCUAUUCUGCAUGACAAACUGCGCUUCUGCAUCACAGAAAAACGGAUUUCUUGGGUAACGUGCAUGACAGAUUUAAGAGUCAUGCCAGACAAGCAUGACAAACAUGAAUUCUUCCAGACCCAGACAUUUUUACAGUUGAUAGAGGUCGAAGGGAAGUGAUUUUUUCCAGACGGGGACGAGCAAAUUUGCGGUGGAUGUCAGUUAUGCUCUGCAAAAGUAUCUUACUCGUAUCAAUUGCAUCCAUGCAUGACAAACAUCUUUCCCAACCUGAAUCAGCAUUACAAAUUCCACUUGAUGUGUUCUGGGCAAAACUUGUAAAUGCACUCUAUACUAGCGCGAUACUUUAUUCCCUUUUGCGAUGCAUAUCAGUCGCCCGCUGCCGGAAAAAUGGCUGGAGAAGGCACUGGCGAAGCCGGUGAUCGGAGACGUUGGGAAGGAAGAUAGUACCGCAGCAGGCAACAUCAAAGACGGAGGUGCUAGUACUGCAGUUCUUCCCAUUGGUGGCGCAGCGACAGCGACCAAUGCUGCUGGCGCCGGGGGAACUACAGGGGGCGCCGACGGAGAUGCGAAUGCAAAACAGGAUACGAAACAAAAUCCUGCUGCAACUACCGCUGGGCCACCACCUGCUGUCCUCCCAGAUUUCAACAUCAACCCUGCGGCUGCUGCGGCGAAAGCAGCCAAAGCAGGGAAAGCUUCUUCAAAAAAGGCUGGUACGACGAAAAUAAGGAAGUCCCCCACUAUAUCAAAUGUAAAAAUGUCUGGGUCUGGAAGAUUCUGAGACUUGCGAUGCAAGUUUUGCAUGACCCAUGAUGUCUGUGAUGCAUGCCCUAGCAUCAGAGAUUUUUUGCGACCUUCUUGAUGCCUAUUCCGCAUGGCAAAUGCCCUCUUCCCGUAGCAAAAAUUAUACUCCGUUUGCUGCUCAUGCAACACAAAUUAAUUUUUUAGACAUCCAAAUGCAGCAUCAGAAGUUGCAUUCUUCCAGACCCAGACACUUUUGCAUUUGAUAUACUACAGGUGGUUCCACUUCUCCGAAGUCCAAGUCGAGACCAAGAAGGAAAGCGAUAGCAAAUGCAAAAAUGUAUGGGUCUGGAAGGAUGCGAACUUGUGAUGCAUACUUGGAUCACACAAAAAUCUGUCAUGCUUAGACAGCAAAGGGAGCUCCUUUUCCUGUCGGCGAGAGAAGGCGUUUGUCAUGCGGAUUAAGCAAUGGGAAACCGUCUCCAAACCUGUGAUGCUAGGCCUUGCAUGGCACACCUUCCGUGUCAAGCAGACACAGCAUCACAAACCUCAGCAAUCUUCCAGACCCAGACACUUUUGCAUUUGAUAAACGACCAGUGCAGGCGACUCUCCUGCUUCUCCCAGAUCCCCCUCCACUUCUUCCCCGGCGAAAAAGAAAAAAAGUCCAGGUAGUAGUACUAGCGGGAAAAAGAAAAUCAAGAUGAAAGCCGGAGACGCAGCAGGAGUAUCGGCCGCCCCUGCAGGUCCUCCGGUUAAUACUGCGAAAGCUGCCGCGCUGUUCUUUCCAGAGUAUAAUGAAUCUGCGGCCGACGACGGAGAGGGUGCGGAACAAGACGUAGUGCCGUACUUCGGAGGUACAGGUACAGCUACAGGAGGAGGAGCGCCGCAUCUUGCUGAUAGUACAGCAGGCUUAGUGGAUGGAGCUACAACUGCUGCCCCGACCAACGUCGUGUCGCUCGGUACAACACAUGAUGGUAGAAGUACUACAGCUGGCAUCGGGCAGCCAGAUUUCGCAGUUCCGACCUUCGGCGUCAGUACCGCAGGAUCAACCUUCCAAUCUGAAUCCGCACUAGUUGUACCCCCCAUCGUGGACAACGAAACUAAUCUUCCUCCCCAGGUGGAGAUGAACUACACCCUCGCCGGCUCUUAUGGAGAGAAAAAAGUUUGUCACAGUCACUAACUUGCAGGUUUUGCAUUACAAAUUUUCACAGCAUCACAAACUUUCCUUGUAUUGCAGAAACACUAGGGAAAUCCCUAAUAAAAUUUGGCUGUGAUGCAUUUUUACGCAUGACAAACAAUUUUGUAUUGCAAGAAUGCGCAUUAGUGAUCGUGACGAACUUUUUUUCUUGGAUAGCUCUGUGUCGAACGCCAUAGACCUCCGCCAGCGGCUGCAAAGGCAACCAGCUGGAGGCCCCGGGCUACUUCAGGAGAGGUACGACGAGGGGACAGCGGAAGAGCUGAAUUUGGGUGUGGCUGCGGCCGGAUAUGAUGGUUACAACAACCUGCCCCCGACAACCGGUGUAGCUGGAGUACCCCCUGCUAUAGUCGCCGCGCCAACUACUGCAGCUAUGAAUUAUUCGGCCGCGGGCGACCAAUUGAGCGAUCCUUCGUUGUUGAUGCUGGCUCAACAGGAGGCGGGCAUGGGAGUUGUAAAAGCAGGGGGAAAUACUCCUUUGGAACAAGGACUACAACAGUAUCAGCAAUUUUACGCUGCUGGUGCAGCUGCUCCCGCAACACUUUAUGGUAACUACACAACAACCGACGCGCAGACAGCACCACCGGGCGCCGCCGCGCUGGACCACAAUGAUCAGGACGGAAACUAUGCCUACCAGUAUGUUGACCCAGGAACAAAUAUUAACCUCGUCCCGGCAUCAGCAGGAGGUGCAGUAACUAACCCAGCGUGGGCCCAGUACAACAACAACCAAAAGCCCGAUCCGGUAGAACAUUUGACCAUUCUAAACGACGAGUUGGAGUUGAAUCUCAUUCCUGCCCAGCUCCCACAAGACGAACUACUACUGGAAAAGAAGUACGAGCAGAAGCAGCAGCUCCUCUACGACUUGAUGUUGUUGAAGAGUGCGACGAAUGGGUUCUUAACGGAGGCGAGGUUUCUGAAUCUGCAGUACCGCCGGAAAAUGCUAUCGGUUUUGAAAGAAGAGGAAGAUGCCAUGAUGGGAAUCGUUUUGAAUGCGAACAAGAAAUUUAAGCUUUACGAGCGGGAGCGGGAAGAGGAGAUAGAAAAGGAAAAGCUGAAAUUGGAGGAGCAAUUGCUGCAAGAGAAGACAAAAUUGGAACUGCUUUUGAAGGAAAGGACUGAUAUUGAGGAGAAAAGGCACAGGGCGGGGGAAGAGAACCUCGGCGAUAGUUCAUUGGGGCGAGGUUCCAAUAACAAAAACAAUUCAAAUUCGGAAGUCUUAAGAACGAGGCAACAAGAGGAGGAAAAUGCGAAUCUGGAUUCCGAACUGAAAGAGGAGUUUGAAAGAGUGAAGCAGGAGCAGGAAGCGAUUUCACAGGUGGAGCAGAAAUAUCCACUGCAAAAGUAACUCACUAGUAGGUAGAAAUCGGAAUCGCAUCACAAAUCAAAAAUUUUUUGAGUGGCAUGACAAAUCAAUGGAAUUUGUAAUGCUGCUUAGCGCACAAAGAUGAAUCAGUCCUGCAUGACUGCCAUCACAACUACCAGCGCGGAGGCGGAGGCGCUUUUGCAAUGCAUGAGAAGAUUCGGGAACGAAUCUUCAGCUUGUCGGAGCAGCAGAUAGAAUUACUUGGGAAGGAGAAAGCGUUGGGAGAUAAAGUUCCGACCAAUAUCAUCCCACCUCGAAACGCCAAGACCGGAGCAACCGCUUCUGGCGGUGCGGGGGAAGAUGAGGAUGACCGGGAAGUGGAUGGUGAACGUAGUGCGUUUGGUUCACCUCGCUCCCGCUCCCCAACGUCACGGUUAAUAUGGAUUGCAAAUUAUAUAAUGUCUGGGUCUGGAAACUUGUAAUGCUAAAAGUGAAUCAUGGUAGACGCACCACGAAGGAAGAUACGCAGCUGCGCAUGACAAAUUUUCUGGCUGCCAUGUCUUACGUAAAUCGCAUGGCAAGCUGCGUUUUUGCACGACAGGUAAGAAGGCUUUUGCGUGCCUAUGCAACACAGAUUCUCGAGUCAUGCCAGACAAGCAUGACAAACUUGCAUUCUUCCAGACCCAGACAUUUUUGCAUUUGAUAGUUAAAAUCGUUCCACCAAUCUGGUAUCGGCACGACCAAUGACGAUGAGAUCGCGUAUUGGGUGAAAAAGGCCCGGGAAAGGUUUCCGCUUCUUCUCUACGGUGCGGGGAAGCGGACGGAGCUGUCGACCGGAGGACUGCAUCGGGGAGGGAAAAACAAAAAGCGUCUUGGUGUUGCUCAUGAUGCUGGAAACGCGACGCAAGAACGCGUCGCUUCAAUGCUGGCGUUCAAGGAUAGUCCGCGGUAUGUGGACAAAAAUCACAGGAUCUGGAAAGAGAUAAACGAGUAGUAGAACGAAGCCUCCUGCUGCUGCCUGACCAGGCCCUAGUUGUUAAUUGUGCAUUUUUUGCACGUUGUUGUAGAGGCGGCCUCAUCGACCACAACAUGUUGCCCGUAGUUCAUCCUACUAUAGAAAAAGACACAGUUCUGCGAAUUUUGUUUGUUGGUAAAAACAACUACCAAGCAGAU